AUCCAUCUUGUUUCAAAAACAAAAAGAGUAUAUAAACACCAGUUGUUUUUUGUAUCCUUUCUUGAUCUUUAUUUCAAAAAACAUACUAUUGACAUGUCUUCUACUACUGCUUCUAACAACGGACCUCACCUCUGGCUUCGUGCUGAAACUAAGCCCAUGGAACACAGAGCCGCAUUGACUCCUGCUACCGCAAAGACUUUAUUAGAUGCUGGUUUCAGAAUCACUGUUGAGCGUUCUGAACAAAGAAUCUUUGAUGAUGAAGAAUAUGCCAAGGUUGGAUGUCCUCUUGUUGAAAAGUUGAGCUGGAAAACCGAUGCUCCUGCUGAUGCUUACAUUGUUGGUUUGAAGGAACUUCCUGAAAACGAUGAUUCCCCUUUGCAACACACUCAUAUCUUCUUCGCUCACUGCUUCAAGAACCAAGGUGGCUGGAAAGAAUUGUUGCACCGUUUCGAUGCUGGUAAAGGUACUAUUCUUGACCUUGAAUUCUUGAACGAUGCUAAUGGUCGCCGCGUUGCCGCUUUUGGCUAUAUGGCUGGGUUUGCUGGCUCUGCUGUUGGUGUUGAUGUUUGGUGUCACCAAAAGUUUGGCAACAAGGAAAAGUAUGGUGCCUUGACUCCUUAUCCCAACGAAGAUGCUUUGAUUUGUUACACUAAGGACCGUCUUGCUAAAGCUGUCGCCUUGAACAACAAUGAAUAUCCCAAGGUUAUGGUAAUGGGUGCUUUGGGUCGUUGCGGUACUGGUGCUUGUGACUUUGCUCGUAAGGUUGGUAUUCCUGAAGAGAACAUCAUCAAGUGGGAUAUCAAUGAAACCAAGAAGGGUGGUCCUUUCCCUGAGAUUAUUCAAGCUGAUAUCUUUGUCAACUGUAUAUAUCUUAACCAAAAGAUUCCUCCUUUCAUUACUCAAGAAUUAAUUGAUGGUGAUCGCAAACUUUCUGUUAUUUGUGAUGUCUCUUGUGACACUACUAACCCCAACAACCCCAUUCCUGUCUACUCUAUCAACACCACUUUUGACAAGCCUACUGUCCCUGUUGAGACCACCAACCCCUAUCCUCUUGAAGUCUGUUCUAUUGACCACUUGCCUACUCUCUUACCUAGAGAAAGCUCUGAUAUGUUCUCACAAGAUCUCUUGCCUACCAUGUUGGCAUUGAAUGAGCGUUCUAACAACCCUGUCUGGAAUGGUGCUGAAAACUUGUUCAAGGAAAAAUUGCAAGCAGCUAGAUCUUAAGCGUUUUGUAUUGUUAGAGAAAUUGUUAUAUAUUCCCAAAUUGUAUAUUAGUAAAGACAUGAUUGUAUCUCUUUCAUCUUAAUAUUGAAAUUCCAUGUAUGAUUUGAAGAGAAAAAUGAGGCGAUACUAGGAAAUCACUUUCACUUUGCAAAAUUACUCCAGACAGAGAUGAAGAGAUCGAAUCUGCAAACGAAUUGGCAGGUAUACAUAGUGAUGGGUAAUGAAUAAACACCGAUUUGAUUACGCCCGUUUGGUCAUCGUGUGCGAUUAAUAAAUUUCAUGGAUUCCUUUUCUAAAAUAUGAAGGUAAAUAACAAGAUUUGUGCAAAUAGAUUAUUUAAGCCCAAUAAAAACUAGG